AUGGCCGAAGUCGGGGAGGACAGCAGCGGGGUGCGGGCUCUGCUGGCGCUGCGCUCGGCGCCCUGCAGCCCCGCCGCCGCGCCCCCUCCCGGGCCGCCGCCCCCGGCCGCGCCGCCCGCCGCCUGCACCGGGCCGGUGCUGGCGCGGCUGCAGGGCCGCGAGUUCGAGUUCCUCAUGCGGCAGCCGGCCGUCACCAUAGGCCGCAACUCCUCGCAGGGCUCGGUGGACGUCAACAUGGGGCACUCCAGCUUCAUCUCGCGGCGGCACCUGCAGCUCAGCUUCCAGGAGCCGCACUUCUACCUGCGCUGCCUCGGCAAGAACGGCGUCUUCGUGGACGGCGCCUUCCAGCGCCGCGGCGGCCCGGCCCUGCAGCUCCCGCCGCAAUGUACUUUCCGAUUCCCUAGCACGGUUAUAAAGAUCCAGUUCACAUCUUUAUACCAUAAAGAGGAAGUAAAAGAGGAAGCCUCAACACAUCCCCUUCGGCCACUUUACCCUCAAAUAUCACCUCUGAAGAUCCACAUCCCGGAGCCGGAUCUCCGGAGCGUGGUCAGUCCCCUCCCAUCCCCCACAGGCACUAUCAGUGUUCCCAACUCUUGCCCAGCCAGUCCACGUGGUGCUGGAUCCUCAGGAUAUCGUUUUGUUCACAACAUUACCUCGGAUCUGCAGCUGGCAGCAGAGUAUGCGGCAAAGGCAGCGUCAGAGCAGCAGGCAGAUGCAUCUGGCGGGGACAGCCCAAAGGAUGAAUCCAAGCCUCCCUAUUCUUAUGCUCAGCUAAUUGUGCAGGCUAUAUCUUCAGCACAGGACAGGCAAUUAACACUAAGUGGGAUCUAUGCCCACAUUACCAAGCAUUAUCCAUAUUACAGGACUGCUGACAAGGGCUGGCAGAAUUCCAUUCGACACAACCUCUCCUUGAACCGCUACUUUAUUAAAGUCCCACGCUCCCAAGAGGAGCCUGGAAAAGGCUCCUUUUGGCGAAUUGACCCUGCCUCUGAAGCCAAACUUGUAGAACAAGCAUUUAGAAAAAGAAGGCAAAGAGGAGUGUCCUGCUUCCGAACACCUUUUGGGCCUCUCUCCUCCAGGAGUGCUCCUGCCUCCCCUACUCACCCUGGCCUGCUGUCCCCUCGCUCUAGUGGCCUACAGACUCCAGAGUGCCUGUCACGGGAGGGCUCACCCAUUCCACACGACCACGACUUUGGGUCAAAGUUAGCCUCAGUUCCAGAGUAUCGGUAUUCCCAGAGUGCACCCGGAUCUCCAGUGAGUGCCCAGCCAGUGAUUAUGGCUGUUCCUCCCCGACCAUCCACCCUGGUGGCCAAACCAGUGGCCUACAUGCCAGCAUCCAUAGUGACUUCUCAGCAGCCUCCGUGCCACGCAAUCCACGUCGUUCAGCAAGCUCCCACCGUCACCAUGGUGCGAGUGGUGACCUCCUCUGCAAACUCUGCAAACGGAUACAUCCUCACAAACCAGGGCACAGCAGGAGGAGCUCAUGAAGCUGCAGGAGCAGUGUUGGACUUAGCUGGUGAUCACCGAGGCAUGGACGAGAAGCCAACGAUCGCGUUCGCCACGAUCCCCACAGCCAGCCGUGUUAUCCAGACAGUGGCCAGUCAGAUGGCCCAGGGUGUCCCUGGGCAGACUGUCACCAUCCUGCAGCAGGCAGCUCCGGUGGCCCUGGGGCAGCACCAGCUCCCGGUGCGGGCGGUCACCCAGAACGGCAAACACGCCGUGCCCACCAACAGCAUCGCCAGCAGCGCCUACGCUCUUACAAAUCCACUGCAGCUCCUUGCGGCCCAGGCCAGCUCGUCCACUCCUGUUGUAGUCAGCCGGGUCUGCGAGCCAGGGACCGAAGAGACGGCAGCAGCCUCCUCCAGUGAACCUGAAGUGAAAAGAGCACGGAUAGAGGAGCCCAGUGGAGCAGUGCCAGCCCAGACCGGGGUCAUCACAUCCACAGUGCCACAGGGACAGGCAACCAGUGAAUGAAGAAGCGGUGGGAGGAGCUGGAGUGAUGGCGGGGUGGGCAUGGGAUGGCAGGAGCCCUAAAGCAGCUUUCACAGGAAACCAACCACAACCGUAACAGCUCAAAACACAGCUGAUAAAGAACUCUUUUUAAAGGCAGAUUUUUCAAUGGGAGUCCAACAGCUGUUAGAAUCACAAGGUGCCAAAAAGAAUGGAAAAUCCCUUCCAAGAACCCAUAUCUGGAACUCUGUUCUGUCUCUACUUAUGGGAUAUUUUUUCCUUUUUUUUUUCUUUUUUUUUUUUUUUUUUUUUCCUUUUUAUUUUUAAAGAUUCAAAAGAAUACAGACAACUGAUUGUAUGACUGCUGGGAUAUUUUUAACUAUCUUUUCCCCUUUUGGCUCCAAGGGGAUGAGAUUUGCAGUUCAGAAUCUAAAGGAAUGUAAUACAAAUACAGUCUGCUCCCUGGAAAGAAAACUCUUCACGUUGUAUGCCUUAAUACCACACUUCUGAGAGCUUUGAGCCAUAGGACUGUUUUAAAAAGGUCACCUAAGGCAAUCAAAUGCUGAAAGAUGGGUGCAGUAUCUCACAACAACAUUAAAGAAACAUGGUACCAAGCUUAAAAAAACCCAAAUUACUCUGUUUUUUUAAAACAGAAAAUUCUGAAUAUAAAUUCUUAUUUAUGUGGGGAUUCAGGAGGAAGAGUUACAGGGCUCAGCCACCUGGAUUUCCAGAUGCAAUUUCUCUCCAUUCCCUCUGAGGGAGAAUAGGAGGCCAGAGGAACUGUAUUAACUUGGUUCCUGUAAAGAUGUUAAAAACAAAGGGGUUUGUAUCUUUACAAAUAAUUUCUUACAAUUGUUCAUCACUUGCUCUGGAGAACAGCCAAAGUAUCUUGAUGCCUGAGGAUGACAUGGGGAGGGGUGUCUCCAGGAGGUUCUGUGUGCAUUUGAUCGAUCGCAGCUUGUGUGGAACACCAGCUUUUGUUCAAGUUACCACUGUAGGUGAAGGCAUGGCCAUUGUUCUUGUGAACUUGAGAAAAUUUUGGUUGAUAUUCUGCACUAAAGCAGUCACCUUCACCUCCUGGUGGUGUGAUCCUUAGUUUGAUGGACCGUGGGCAGGAGGUCAGAGCUGAUCCUCUUCCAUGGCUACCAGCAAAAUUCCUGUGUUAUUCAUUGGAGAGAGAACUUCAGGGCUUGGAUGAGAGGUGGCAGAGGUCAUACCAUGGUUCAUUCAAAUUCUGUCAGGGUGUUGUAGACCAAGGCAAAAGACUUCUCUUUUACUUUCUGUGUGGCAAAACUCCCUGGGGGUCUUCAGACAGUUUUACCAAAAUUGAUUUGGAGGUUUGCUUUUCUUGCUUGGCUCCCUCUCCCAUCUCUCCUGCCGUGAGGACCAUUUGGGUUGGCCAGUAGGAGGAGGCCUUGACUCAAACUGUGUUCCAGGCUCCUCACGUGGUGCAAGGAUGUCUUUUGAGGAAAGCAGAUUUGACUCACUUCAGCCACGUGCAGCAGUGGCUGCUUGUGACACCUUAUGACUGGCAAAGAACUCCUCCCCUGCCCGUAGCCUCCAGCAAACCCCUUUGGCUUUACACCCUUUGCAGUCCCCUUGGCUAACAUGUCUUCUGGCAGCACAGCAGAGAUCUUUGUUAAUUUAAGAAAUGUUACGGCUUUGGUAAUGGCAAGUGAGACUUAAGAGGAGUGGGCUGUGCCUCUGGUGGGUUAUCUCCCAUCUGUACUGAUUUGCUGUCCUGUGCAGCCUGACAAGGCAGAGAGGCAAAACCCACUGCAGAAACAUUGCAGAAAGCCUUCCCCAGUGUGCAGUAAAUGAUACUGUCAGCAAAUCCAUGGGAAUUAGGGGUAAGGCACAGCCCUUCAGUGCCUGCUGGAAUGUGGGGAGGAAAUCCACAAGGUAACAGCUGGCAUCACUUGUGCCCUUCUAGGUUCCCUUUGUCUUUGCCAAGUCCUAUUCAAUAACCAAGUCCCCACACUUGAAUAAAACCCAGACACAUUUAAUUCUCAAGUCCAUUGCUCUGUGAGAAAUGUUGCUGAAAGAAGGAAAGAAUUUCUUGAUCUCGUGAUUUGCGGUUACUUUCUGCGGAGAGAGGUACAUAAAAUAUUCAUGACAGAUCAUUUAUCUCAGCUGGGCUUUCAGAAUACAGGUGUGUGCCCUUAGUGACAAGUUAUUAGAUGGCAUUUUAGUACUUUGAAAUGGUUUUGUGAAGGAGAAUUGUUAGAGACCACAAAGUAAUUGAAGCAGGCUGGCCUCCAGCUGUCCCUUCUCCUGCUAGGAAGGCAAGGUGUGGCGCAGCAGAAAAGCACAUGGAUUAGCUCUGUUUUCUGUGGCCUUUUCCAAGCCAGGAGUCAAUAAAAUGAACUUUAAGGCAGAAGACACAAGUGAGAGUGCAGCACAGUCUAUCUGUGAUGAAUCAUUACUUUCGGGUGACUGCUGGUGUAGAGACAGGCACGCCUCUGAAACAGCCCCGAGGCUCGGGAGCGCUCCGGAAGUGCAGAAGUUCCUGGGUUUCCAGAAUGUUGGGUGAGUCAGAGCAAGAUGAAAAACCAACAGAAAACUGUUCAGGAUGUCGAGCUGCCAAGAUUCUGUGGAUUUUUCUUUGCUGAUGCUUUUUUUCUUGAAGAGUCUAAAUAAUUAAACCCUGAACUUCUGUAGACUAAUCCAACACCAAAGACAUCAGCUGAGUGACAACGUUUGCAUCCGCCAUAAAACUGCUGCUUUAUAGAUACCUCUUGAGAGUCCAUCCUCAGGUUGCAUGUGUAGAUCUGCCUCCUGAGUAUUUAGAACAGAAUAACACUUUCUCUUCUUUUUGCGGCUCACAAUGCCUGCUGGUUCAAAUGGGAGUUGAGGAUAAGCAAAUAUCUUUGUUCUGUUCACCCUUUCUGCAUGAGACAUCUGGAACUUGUCAGUUCAUCCCGUCAGGGGGUUUUUGCUUUAUCAGUCUGCUGCAUCCCUCUGCUGCUGUAGGAAACAGUCCUGUCACUUGCAGAUUUUUUUUGGUAGGUUUGCCUAAACAUAGCUUGGUACCAGGUAAAAUAACUGUUCUUGCUAAAUCGUGUUGAGAGCUGUGGAAAAGUGUGGUCCUCAUCCAGAGCAUGUGAGAUGAAGACAUCUUGUUUCAGGCCUCAAGAUGCAUUCUUUCAACACUGCUCAGUCUGGAAGACCGCACCAUUCUUUCUACAUACCAGUCCUGAUUCUCCAGGCUGCAGAGGCGUGAAAAUUCAUGAGGUGGUAGAAUUAAGUCUUCAACUAGAAAGAAAAUGUUUUCCUUAAUGGUUAUAUGCAGUACUCAGAUUAUUUUAAAUUGAUAAUCUGACUUGUUUUUAUGGUCUAAAAGUUGCAUCUCAUCUUUGAUUACAUAAACUAAAGACGUUUUGAGGGGAAGUGAAGGUGGAGACUUCACGGGUUUUUCUGCUGUCUGUGUAAUGAAGGUCGAGGCAUAUUGAAUAUUUAAACUGCAAUAACUUAGACCUGGGAAAACUGUAAAGCCAAGUUCUUAAUGUAUGAAUUCACUUUCCACCAUUCCCUAUUGAUUUUUUUUUUUCACCUUAGGCAAUGACAUUGACUAAUUUUACUUUGAUCAGUUAGUUUACAGCAACUUUCUUGGCCCCAGUUUGCAGGAGUUGAAUGCGGUCGUUCUUUGUUUUAUUCCACUGGAAUUCCAUGUUGUUUGUCUUGACCUUGGCUCUUAUGAUACAGAAAGCUUUUUAGAGAAAGAUCAAUUUAAUCUGAUUUAGUGAUAACACAGCACAGUGCUGAGCACAAAAUUGAAGUUCAUGAUUAGCUCAUAUAUUCUUUUCAACUCUUUCCUACCAUAUUCCUCCCUCCCCCAUACCAUUAAUGCUGUCCCCUGUAGCAUAUCCAGUCAUUUUUAUCCACUGACAGGAGCAGCACCUUGCAUUAAGCUCUGCCUGAGGACUGAAGAAUGAAAAUUCCUGUGGAAUACAUGGAGCUCCAGAGCAGGUUGAGAAAGGUCAAUUUGGUCACCCUGUAUUAAUUUUCAUGCUGUGUUCUAGACACAUUACUGUUGGGCAGAGCUUAUUCAGGAGGGUGUUUUCAGAGACAUGGUAAAGCUUUGUAAGAGGAAAGAAAUAACAGCUCAAGCUCUUACAGUGCUUCUGCCAUCAGUGUCAUGGUCUAGCAUCAGAUUUUGGGGGGAGUGAACUUGAUUUUCGCAUGUUUGGUCUUGUGUACUGACUUAGAGUUGUCAUUCAGAGUUGAUUUCCACUUUUUUUUUUUUUUUUUUCCCUUUUUCAUUAAGGAAAUGUCCAUAAUGGAAUGAAACUUGGAGCACAGGAGGCAUGGGGCCUGUAUCUAAGCAAGUGAGAGCAUCUGACCUGAACUCUCUUGCAGUGUGGUGUGGAACACUUCUCCUGUCUGCUGGGGAUGUUCAGUUGGUGUUGGAGCUUUUCUGCUGUGUUAGCAAGGGGAUAUUUAUUUGGUAUCACUGGUGUGUGCUAGUGUGUAAGUGAAUGUCACAAUGUAGGGCGAAAGGAGAAGUGUUUCCCUGCUCUACCUGGGUUUGGGGAUCUUGGAUGACGAGGAUUUUACCUAGCAAGAGUUCUGUGCCUUUCCUUAGAGAAUCCUCCCUCACGACACAAGGUGAAAACUUCUCAGCAACAUAAGAAGAAUUUCCCACACAGCUGCAUUUGUUCCUUGCCUCUGAAGAGAACCCAGCUCUGCCUCCUCUCCAUUUUGCAAAUAGGUACUUGAAGAUUCCAGAAGGUUUUUUUCCAAUUUGCUUCCUUCUCUUAAGGCUGAACCAGCCUGGUUGUCUUGGUCUCUUCUUGUCCAUCAGGUGGAAUUGCUGUAGGAGCCCAAACACAGAGGCAAUGCUGCAGACAUCAUCUGGGGAAUGCUGGAUGGGUUGGAAGAGAAAUCUUUUUCCUUGGCUUGGCAGCUGCACUUUUGCCAGUACAGCCCAGUACCUGUUCAGUCUCUUGCUGCAGGACAAAUCCAAAGUGUAAGGGAAAAGUGAACUGCAUUGCAUUUGUGCAGAUGCAGCCGUGUUGUGCCUCUCUUCCAAGGGACAGUCCUAACCUGGGUCUUACUGAGCAGGAAGCAGCACUGAAGAAUCCUGAUCACUUUUAAAGGUGUCUGUGCUUCAUCUUACCAAGUGAUAAUUUCAAUCCAAUGUGGAAUUUGCCUAGAGUUUCCUCUACCUGCUGCAAAAUCUUUGAGGUUUUUUAGGUCCUGCUGCUAAUAAGUUGGACUAGGGCAUUAAGAAUGAACCUUUAAAGGAACAGGAUUUGCUUCAUAAUUUUGCCUUUGCUGCACGCUGAGCUUUUGAGUUUGCAAAUGCCAUCCUGCAGUAAAUGAUCUGUCUUCUCUUGCCAGCCAGUCUCUUGGGCAGCUCCUGUUUCUGCUCCUCAUCAGUUUCCCACCUCUACUUGCAGCUAUUUCUGUCAACUCCAGAGUCCUUUAAUCCAACUCCUAAUUUAAUUCCAUUGCUUGAAGCUCUGCAUCUGGCGAGGACUCUUGUGUUAGGUUGCAGUUACACGAGUAAACAAUCUGUUGUAGAACUUUUUGUGUCCUUCUGGGUGAAAAAUUAUGCCCAAGCUGCUGCUACUAUAGCAUACACUACUGCUGGAAAGUGUAGCUUCCAAUGGAGCCAGCUGUGCUGCAGAAAACAGUUACACUACAAGGUCAUCUGGGUCGCUGGAGCUGAUGGGAUUGGGAGGCGAUGCCAUGUUGCAUGUUGAUCUGCACCCGAUCAAAACCUGCCUGGGGAAUCUCUCUCUGGGCUGCCUGGCAGCUGUCAGGCUGUGAUUUGUUAGAUCAGCAUCUCUCUCUGCUGGGCGCGUUGUUUGCAGGUCAGUGCACGUGUUUGUGCUUCCAGGUGUGGAUAUAUUCCCAUGGCAUAAUCUGCAGUGGGAAUUUUGUAGCUGUGAGGGUGGGCUUUCUCUGUUAGGGGCAGUAUUACACCAGGGAGCGUUUUACUUUGGCCUGAGCAAGACAUUUUGAAAAAGACUUGGUUUUCUUGGAGCACUAUAUUUCAAUUCCAAAUUUCGAAUCAAUUUUUGACGUUUGUAUUUAUAUGUUCGGAAAAUUCCUUUGAUACUUUUUGGAUUUACCAACACUGAAUUAAAACCUUUCAGAAUGUGUGGUAGGUCCUCUCCUUAUGUGUCACUUUAAGUUUCAGAGCACGAGGGUGGUUGUGCCAAAUCUGCCCCUUCGCUCUCAAGACAGAAAAAAAGAAACAUUGACAAUUCAUGGGUGGCAGCUAAGGAAGAAACCCUUUAAAUAUUUUUUUUUUUCAGAGGAUAUUAAAUUAGAUCUGUGUAGACAUAAAAUUUAUAUUUAUUAAUGUGUGAGUGUGUGAGCGUGUGUGUUAAUAUAGAUAUAUAAAUGGUCCAUGACUAUUUCUUUCUCUUGAAUGGUACUUACACAGACUUCUAUACAGUGUGUUGGUAAAUUCCUGCACCAGGCACUGACUCUGAAAGAACGAUGAACCUAUUUUUGUAACAAAUGUGAGCAGCCAGUGGGAGCAGCUUUACUUCAGUGAUUGCUUUCAUUCCUCUCGCAGAGCAGAAGAGGCAACUUGGUACUUGCAUCUUCCUUCUGUAGGAUCCCUGCUUCUGCCUUUGUCCUGCUUUCAGCAACCCCAGCCCACGCUGGUUUUCUGGCAAGAAACACCCCCCAAAUGGCACUAAUGAAAGCUGGAAUGCUUUCUUGUCUGCAGUUCUCUCUAGAUGCAGUAUCAGGGAGUUCUUUACAGAUUCUGCUCUGUAAGUAAUGGGACCUUAUUUCUAACAGAAGAGAUUGAUGGGGGCUCCACCAGGAUUCUGUAAGGCAGUGGAAUUCCUCCCUUGUUGGGUGGCUGUGCUAACGCUGGGGCGCUGGGAAAUAGUUUCUUUUCCUCUGUGGUGAGAUUUAUUUUCCUUUUAUCACACUUGUCUCUUUGUAGGGUGAGGUGUGUCUGUAUCUCCUUAAAAACAAGCACAGAAGAGUUUUUUCCUAAUGUUUCCAUUCACAGGGAGUAAAUUUUAUGAAACUGGCCAAAGUUCAGGGGUGGUUUAGUUCCACAAGGAUCACUAAAUUCAGAGAAGGGUGUAUUUUGAACCACUUAGAUCUUUUGAGAAUAAAAGCAGGUGAUAUUUGACUUCCUAAUCCUAAUUGCUCUUCCAGGAGCAGAAAUUCUCUAUGAGGAUCUGAGUGAAAGCUUCACCUCAGCAAUCACUGGCUGCUGAUGAUGUUCAGUCCUGCAGGGAGGACAGGGCUGGUGAUAGGAAGAGUGACCAGAACAGGAGCAGUGAAAAGAAGCAGCUUUCCUUCCCAUCCAGCACAAAACCGCCCCUGAAACCCAGACUUCCCCUAAUACUUGGUUGUUGCCUCGUGUCUGCUGCCAAGUUACGCUGUGACCUGGGCCUCUCUGUCCUGCUUCUACCCCACCUCAGUUUCACUUAAAGCAGUCUCAGACAGAGCCUUCCUUAAAGCUAAGGGCAACAGUGAGGAGAAAUGUCUGGUAGCUGAAGAAAAAUGAGAUUUAAAUGGAGCAGAAAAAGCGAGAAUCCCUUCUGUUUCACUGUCUUGCUGCUAAAAGUCUGGUGCAGAACAUCCUGAUGUUCUGCUGAUUUAUAUGCUGCUCUUGGGAGGUGGGCAGGCUGCUAAGUUGGCUCUGUAGCAAUUGAAUUACUGUAAACCUAAACUUGCUUAAUCUCUCCUUUUUUUUUUCCUCCCUCAAAUGGGCUUGAAGUAGAGGGAAACAGAGUAUUGUUUGUAAGAUCUUUUUGCUUUAAUAGAAAACAGAAUGUAAAAAAAAAAAAAAAAAAAAAAAAAGGAAAAAACCAACAAAAGCAAAACCAAACUCAUUCAAAUAUAGUGAUACAGAAAAUGGCUUUAAAUUACUAAAAUCUUCCAAGACCAUAUGUUGUGUUGGGUUCUGGACAUGCUGUUGGUGCUGAGGAGGCUGGCCUUGUCCAGCCUGCCAGCCAGCCUCCACAUAGCCAAAAAGAGCAUUUUAAGAGUCAGUAGCUAUCCAAAGGACUGUUAUCCAAAGGACUGUUAAAAACUGCUUAGGGAUAAAUCAAAAGCUGUGUGUGAGCAACGGAUGGUAAAGCUGGAAAUUCAGAUCCCACUCUGAAUAAUUGCUCUAAUAAAAAACAAAUUCAGAAGAAUCCGACUCUCCCCCUGUUCUGCAGAUGCUCAUUCCCACCGAGUCCCCGGGGAAGGCUGAGAGGAGAACCUGAAAUACCUCAGUGGCGUCACGGAAGGGUUUGCUACAGAGAUCUGGGCCAGCCUUACCCCUUUCACCUCGGUUUGGCACUUAUUUUAUAAAAUAAGAAGGUGAUGGAAAGGGGAAACUAAAGCCAUGCUUGCAUUUCAGUUCCUGGUGUUGCCUGUGCAAGACACCUCCAGCCAGAUGUUUUGGGGUUUGUGGGGUUGGUUUUUUUUUUUUUACAGCUGAUAUCAAAAGUUGUUUUUUGUUUUUGUUUUUUUGUGACUUGUUUUCAUUAUCAGUGCUUUUUAAAAAGCAGCUGUGUAUCCCAAGGGGGAAGCUCCCUGUGGGGCAGUGGAUGUGAAGUUCAUGCUCUUUUCUCUGGCCGUGUUGCAGCACUGCUCCUGGGAGAUGCUCCCAGCAGGAUGUGGGAUCCUGCAUCCCAGGAGCAGGACCUGUGUUUCCACAUCACAUGGGAUACAGUGGUUUUGUUUGUUUGUUUUUUUAAUAUAGAGCCAUACUUUUUUUUUUUUUUUUUAAGUAAUUUGAGAUCUGAAUGUGAUUUCUAAUGUAUCGAGAACGUUAAUAUUUUAAAGCUAUAACAAAGGUUUAAAUUUCUACUUUUUUUUUUUUUUUUUUUCAUUUAUUUUAACUGUUCUGUUACCUAAAUUUGAU